AUGAAUGAGUUACAAAAUCUGAUAGAGAUGAUGCCGGUAAACGAGGUUCCGAAUCCCGAAAAACCCAAAUCUAGAACAUACUGCGAUGAUGAAACGCCAGUUAACGACCUACUUACGAAGAUCGGAGCUGAUGAAGAGAGCAAUGUGAAGUUUGCAGACUUCAGUGGCCUAGAUGGGGAUCGCUUAAAACUGGGAAAAUAUAGUUACCCACACUCUCUGAUCCCCACCCUCGAGAGAAUCAUCGAUGCUUACGGCGAUAUUUCCGUGGCAAGUAAGAUGAACCCGAUCAUUACCGAGACGGUGUACAUUUUGUUUUGUGCUUGUGUCAAAGAGAUGAAUGAUUUGCGAAUCGAGGAAGUCACCGAGCAUAUAAUAUUGAAGUGGAGGGAUGCGAUCAAAGAUGCUUUACGUAUCAAUUUUGAAGUCGAUUUCGCAUUAGAACAUUUGAAGAAAAUUGCCCGAGCUUACAUCGGUCAAAUGGAACGCCGAAAGGUGAAGGAUUUGAUUAUGAAGAUCUCAAUGUUGGAGGAUGACUUGAGCUCUAAGAAACAAGAGCUUGCAAAGAUUUAUAAACAAUCCAAGGUUUACAUUGAUGUUGCUGAUGAUUUUAAUGGCAAGUUUGUCGGUUCGGGUAUGUUUCAGAGCCUUGAUACAACAAGCCGUGAUGCAUCUACAGAACCCUUGGGAGGAGUAUCAAAGGUAGUCGCAACAGAACGUACUCCGCGGUGGUCUUGGUAUUACUAG